UAACUGCUUCCUGACCUCCCGGUGUGUAUUUUGGGGAAAAACGUCCUUGAUGUGCUGAUUGAACUGUGUACUAACAUACUGUGGUUGUUGAUGAUAGUUCGAAUGUUGUUUGUAAAUGAAUUAAUAAACUAUUGUUUGUUAAUAAUGGGCUUCAACUUUGCAUCUGGUAUUGAUUAUAUGCGGCAGACGAUGUAUCGAACUGUAGUUCUUCGCUGUAACUGCGGUUUUUCGAAAGCUAUGUGGACUUUAAAUUCGUCUUCAAUAUCUAACAAGCAUGGAAAGAUUUUGAUUUCGGGAGACACACUCAAAAUAUUUGACCUCAGACGUGGGGACGCUGGUAUAUAUACGUGUUAUGAUGCCUUCUAUGAAUCUGAAGCAUGCGUUUCAAUUAGUCUGGGUGUAAAUGGUAAUUAAAGAGUCGACGUUUGUAUUUUUACAGAUCCUGAGCCUUAUUAUAAAGCGGUUCACGAAAAUUCUGUUCCGGAUUCAGAAGCAAAUGAACAAGACAGACCUUACUGGCAUCCCAAGAUGAAAAAUACACCCGCCUUCUAUGAGUUUGUUAAAGAACCGCUAAGGCUGGCGUGCUUUUUCUACAUCAUGAAUAAAUCCAUUGUCCCUGUUGCAGAGUGGGGACUUCCUCGUGAUCAUGACGAGCUAAAUGUGAAAGAUUCAUUGAAAAAGCCCAGAACUAUAGAUUGCAAUUCUAUUGAGGAAACGCAACGCAACCUUUCGGGCACCUGCUAUGUAAUGGAAAUAACAAUUCACUCAAUCAGUGGAACAGAUACAUUCGAUUGCAUUGUUCGAACGCCAAAUAAUAGAAACAUAACCAUUAGUAACUCAUACACAGUACUCCACAAAUUGACACACCUAUUCGCAUUUGGUUUAAGUGAUACAGACUUUGAUGACUUUGAGCCACCGAAAUUUGAAUUGAUUGAUGAAUUACGUUUACCAAGUGAAACAAAUUCAAGUAGUGUAGACUAUGAAGACUCAUAUUCUAGUUUGUCAGACAUGUCUAUGGGAGAAAGCUCAGUAAACAUAAGACAACACUUGAAUUUAUCAGCGCUUAUGCUGUCUACUUAUGAUGAGUUCUCUUUUUAUCCACUAAAAAGAAUAGCUUGCUUAUCAGAGGAAGUUACUUUAGUUUGUGAAAUCCCAAGAACUUCAAGUCAGCUGGAAAUCUGGUAUUUUGGCAAAUUGGGUGAACAGUCAAAACUCUUAAAAGAUUCAAAAGUUUCUGAUUCGUUCAACAAUAACGACAAGAGAUAUGUACAAUUUGAUAACAGUAUUACACUGAAAAUAACAAACUUAUCUUUAUUGAAUAGUGGAAUGUACAUAUGCAAAAAUGCUUUUCUUUAUAAAAAUAUCAGUAUAACAGUUAUGGAUUGUUCAAAAUUAGACUUUUUAUACAAAUUUCUGCCGCCUAUACUAAUUUGGGUGAUUCUGUUUGUUACUGUCUCAGUUAUCCCCUUGUCUAUGGUAUUUUGUCUACGUGCUAAGCGUAAGUCAAAGCGAACAAUUGUCUCUUUACCAAUUGACUUCAAGGAUAAACAUGUAAAAUCAAAACGUGUUGAUAUUAUGCAUAGAAUUAAUGUACUUUAUGGUGAUCCAUCAAAAAGUCAAUCACUUCUAUUUCCUUCAUCAUCUUCAUCUUCAUCCUCAUCGCCGUUGUCCACAUCACCAUUCGAUUCAUCUUCAACCUUUGCUACAUCUCCAUUAUCCUGUACGACUUUCACUAAUCUGAAUACUAGUACUAGUACUACUAGUACUGCUACGAACACGACUAUAAACAGUUGGAUUAUGGAGUCGUUAACACUUUUGUCACAGAAAUUACUCCAUCAACAAAUAAAGUAUUCAUCGCAUGAACAAAAUAUUAUUUGUCACUUUCAUAUCUUAUUAAUGAAUUGGUUACGUCACUACUUAUUUUCUAACCCUAAUGCAUUUACACCAAGAUCGUCAUUCAUUCUUGAAGAAGAUGUUGUCGGUGAAGGCACUUAUGGAAUUGUAUACAAAGGAAAAUUAUGUAAUCCAAAUAAUGGGAAUAAUCGCACAACUGCUGUAUCACACAUUGAUAUUGCUAUAAAAACACUAAAAAAUGGAUUUCAAGAACGACAAUUCAUUAAUUUGAUUAGGGAGCUGAAAAAUUUAACCUUAUUAAAACAACAUCCACAUAUAAUUCAAUGCUAUGGAAUGUGCAUAGAUCAAGGUCAACCAUUUAUACUCCUUGAAUUAGCUAUACAUGGGAAUUUGCGAGAUUUUCUCAGAAAUCUUCGACCACCUGGAAUUGAUCUCAGUGAUCAUCAUAUCUUCAUUGAUCAGAUAACAAAUCCACGUUAUGUCAAUUUACUUAAAUUAGAGGAAUUGGAAAAAUUACUGCCUGGAUUUUCUGUGAAAGAGCAAAUAGGAAAUCUGUUAACAUUUGCAUUAAAUAUAACCGAUGCUUUGUUGUAUUUAGAAUCGUUAUCACUCAUCCACAGAGAUGUUGCAGCACGGAAUGUUGUUAUCACAGAGGGAUAUAUUGCAAAACUGUGUGAUUUCGGGUAUACAUCUACACUAGAUGAAUGCAAUUAUGGUUAUCUACAUAUGGAUAAGGAUUAUUUACCACUACGUUGGAUGGCCCCAGAGUGCAUUGAGACGAAUUAUUUCACUUCAAAAUGCGAUGUAUGGUCGUUUGGUAUACUAUUAUGGGAGUUAUUCACUCUCGGUAAUACACCAUACUGCGAAAUUGCUACAGAUGAGGUAAUUGACUGGGUAAACCAGGGAAAUCGUAAUCCUCGACCAUACUUAUCAACUGAAGCAGUAUAUCAAUUAAUGCUUGACUGCUGGUCACAAGAACCUGAUAAUCGACCGGAAUUUUCUGAAAUAUAUACACGAAUUACAUCUAUGAUUCCAAACUCCACCGAUAAUUGUUCAAGCGAUUUUGUUAAGGGAUAUGUUGAAAUCCUCGCAGAUGUUGACGAAUACUUAACUCCUCGUCAAUGUUUACACUAGAUAAAUAUCUUCUAGUCGAUUAUUGUGGGUGCUCCAUUUGUCCUGCUGUUGUUAGUACAUUUAUUCCACUGAUUGAAAAAGAAAACCACAACUAACAAUACCAACAACAACAACAACAAGAAUGAGAACAAUACAAAUCCCCCACUUGAAGUCCAACAAGCAGCUAUGUACAGUAAAACAUCUUCAUGAUCAUCAUCAACAUUUAUUAACACUAUGAGAAACAGUUGAACAUGUAUUUAUAUAUAUUAUAACGUAUAUAUAUAUAUGUAUAAUUGCUUUUAAUACUACUACUAUUAUUAUUAUUAUCAUCAUUAUUACUAUUCUUAUUCAUAUUUUAAAGGUAUAUGUAUUAUUUUUUUCCCGACUUUUCAUCCCAUCGACAUCCCAUUUUUUGUACGUCAAUAGAUUGUGACUGUUUAUUAUUAUUAUUACUACUAUUAUCAUUGCUAUUACUAUUAUCCCUGCUUUUAAGGUAUAUAUGUAUUAUAUUUCCACAAUAUUUCACUUUUCUGACAUCACUCUUUUUGUAAACCUAAAGAUUACAACUAUUAUUAUUAUUAUUAUUACUAUCAUCAUUACUAUUAUUAUCAUUUAUUCAUGUGUGUACAAAACCAUUCAUAAGAUUAAUUAUUUUGUGUAUAGUCGCUAUUUUCUCCUACAAUUUAAAUAAAUAAAUAAAUAUAUAUAUGCAUAUAGUAUAGGCGUUGCUACGCAUCAGUUUGUGGUCUCUGAGGUGGAUGGCUUUUAACUGCAACACUUUCAUUGUCUUUCUAGACAGUAUCUUCAGCGCAAACUUCAAUAU